AGGAGGGAAGUUCGUAGCAUGAUAUUUGCCUAGGGUUUGUUCAGUGCCGAUUUUCUUUCGUUCCUUCACCAGAAAAAUCAUGAAUAACGCAGUACAGUUAUGGGAUGGACAUUUGUCUGUGAUUACCAGGCCUGUACCUCACGUUCAAAACCCGCUGCAAGUAGUGAUAAAAAUAACUUAUUCGGCGGUAUGCGGGACUGAUCUUAAGAUUCUCGAAGGAAAGUUUUCAUGUGAGAAGUCAGUUAUUUUAGGUCACGAAUUUGUCGGGAUUGUAAAGGAAGCAGGGAGCGAGGUGAAGCACGUAUCUGUUGGCGAUCGUGUUGUUGUCAACCCAAACACUAGCUGUGGAAUGUGUGACAAUUGUACCAAAGGGCAACCACAUUUCUGCAAAUUUGAAGGAGUAAAAGCUACCAUUGGUAUCAGGCGAAAUGGGGGUUGGGCACAGUACUGUCGCCUGCCAGCCAAGAAUGCCAUUCCCUUACCUCAUCAGUUAUCAUUUGAACUUGGUUUGUUACUAGAACCAAUGUCUUGUGUUGUACAUGGCUGGAAUCGUUUACAACCAAUCAAUCCAGAUGCUGAAAUUUUAGUUUGUGGAGCUGGAAGUAUGGGAUUAUUGUUCAUGAGUAUGCUGCAUUUUAGGGGAUUUAGAGAAGUCGUUGUUACGGAGCUCUUGAAGGGACGUCAAAAGAUUGCACAGAGACUGGACUUUGGUUUUCAAAUAGUUCAUCCUGAGAUUCUAAUUUCUGAAGCUAGAAAUGCAAAGCAGGAUGGGGAUGAAGAUUGGGGGUUCGAUAUUGUUAUUGACUGCACUGGGGAUCCAAAGACUUUGGAACUAGGAGUUCAGUGGUUGCGUCAAGGCGGAAAGUUUCUUCUCUUUGGCAUUUCGCCUGCUGGAUCGGAAGCAAAGCUUGAUCCUCAUGAGGUGUAUGCUAAGGAACUGAAAAUUAUAGCUUCCAGAAUAAAUCCUUUUACAUUCAAUUCUUCUAUGCAAAUAUUACAGGACAUGGGAGAACGAUAUUUGAGUUUUGAAAAACUAGGAAUGCGCACUUUUCAACUCCAGGAAUUUACAGCAGCCCUUGAAGUCCAACGUAGUGGGGAAAUUUCAAAAGCAGUUUUUGAAAAUUGAAUAAUUUUUUGUAAUUUGGAUUGGUAUAAGUCAUGGGAGUCUUAUAGAGCCGUAGAAUCCUAUGACAUAAGUUUACCAGGUCUGAAUAGUUAUUUGGUGUGAGUUUGGAUCAUAAAAAGUUAUGGAAACAAUCCAAAAAUAAUAUCUUUUGACAACACCAAAUAUAGGAUUUAGAGGGUGUAGGACAUUGGGGAAAAGAAGAGGAAUAGCUGACAAUAACCCAUGCUAAAUGAUACACCAUGUGAUAGACAUUUAGGAGGCAGUCUGCUAUAGCUGCAGAACUGCAAGAGCUGUUAUUCAAUAAAUUGGAGACAUUUACAUUUAAAGAACUGAUACUAGUAGUAAGUCAGCUCACAAUUUUGACUAGAUGACUCACCUUUUUUUAUUUACCUCUGAUCCAGUGAAAUUGUGAAGCAUGUGUUAAAGAAUCCGCCAAUUAAUUUACUCUCACAAUUAAGUAGAGCAGUGUUCAUAACAUGGCAUUUAUAACAUGGCACUUCUACCCUCUAAUUGGUUUAAGCACUUACUGCUUAUGAGCAAAAAUGCUCUUGUCGGAUAGCCAAUUGAAGGUUUUAAUAAACAUUAUAUGUGUUUUUCUUAC